UAGUGCCUCAUAGUCAAAGUUAUAGAGUUGUUUUGAUUGGUCAAAGCCGAAUAACUUCUUCCUCAAGUCAAUUAUCCCUUUCCCCUUCCACGCAGAACCUGUUCGGAAAUGUCUGAGAUCAAGAAAGUCAUUGUGAUUGGGGCGACAGGCGAGAUUGGUCGAUCUAUCAUCGCUGCGCUGCUCUCACAUGGUUUCACCGUCACCAUUCUCACUCGCUCUGCAUCCUCCACAUCCGUGUUUCCUCCCGCGACUCUUGCCCAGCUAAAGAUCAUCGCCGCCGAGUACACGCCCGAGACGUUCCGCUCCGCCUUCACGGGACAGGAUGCCAUUGUUUCCGCGAUUUCGAUAGGGGGCAUUUCCGCGCAGAUCCAAAUGAUCGAUGCGGCUGCCGAUGUGGGAGUGCAAAGGUUUAUGCUCAGUGAGUUCGGCAAUGCGCCGGAAGAUGUGCAAGGUCGGCUGGAUGUGCCGUCUUUGAAAGCCGCGAGGGAAAUGAAAGUGAAGGUACUGAAUCAUGCAAAGAUGAGAGUGGAUGAGAGCAAGGGAAAGUUCGAGUGGAGCGCUGUAGCAGUGGGGAGUAUUAUUGACUGGGCAAUUAUCAAGUUCCCAGGUGCGAUGGGCUUCGACAUACCCAACCGGACAGCUCGUCUUUAUGACGAUGGAACAGAACCAUUUACCGGGACACGAAUCGCGGACAUCGGUCUAGCUGUUGCGGGGAGUCUUGCAAAUCCCUCCAAAACGGCAAACCGCUUCCUUCGCCUUCGGUCAGUGCAGACCACACAACUGGAGCUGCUGCACGCCUUCAAUGACGCCACUCAGGUGAAAUGGGCGAAUGAGUUCGUCAGCUCGAACGAUGUGCUAAAAAAUUCGGAGGAAGCAAUGCGCCUGGGAGAAGCCGGGAAGGCCGUUCAGGGGUUUGUUGCGGUGCAGACGUUCCAAAAAGGAGCGCAUAGGUCGGUGGUGGCGACGAAAGAAGAGGCAGAUAAUGGAAUCGUCGGACUCGAAGAAGUCGAUGCUGUGGAGAUUGUCCGAGGGGUCUUGAAAGCGCUCGGAGAGAGCGAAAUAUAGAUGGAAUUGUUUUGCUCUCGAAUCCUCUGCUCUCGCGGUCUCCCGAUCUGCUUUGAUAUGGUGCAGUCAGAAAAUUGAUGACGGAUAAU